GAAUGGAUAUGGUGCUUGGUUGGAUUUCGGAUGUAUUUGGCAAAAACUAUGCACUUAAAGCUUCUUAUGUAGCUGAAUAUGUAUGGAAUUCUGAUCCUAAUUUAGAUUCUUUUUCAGGAUUGUAUCUUAAAGAGAAUUCAGGAAGUUCGGAUUGCUGA